CCAUCUUCCGCCGCACCCACGCGAGGCUCACUCCGCCCGCAGCUCCGCCUAGUCAAGCUGGGCGCUGCAGCGGCGGGAGCCGCGAGCUCUCAAAGACCCAGGCGGCUGUAGGAGCUCGGGUGGCCUCCGGUUCGGCGGCACCAUGAAUGUCUCGGGUGGCCCGGGGGCCGAGCACGCAGGCAAGGCGGGCGGCGGGGGCAGCUGGCAGCCUGAGGCGGUCAUUGUGCCCACGCUAUUCGCGCUCAUCUUCCUUCUGGGCACCGUGGGCAACGCGCUGGUGCUGGCCGUGCUGCUGCGCGGCGGCCAGGCGGUCAGCACCACCAACCUGUUCAUCCUCAACCUGGGCGUGGCCGACCUGUGUUUCAUCGUGUGCUGCGUGCCCUUCCAGGCCACCAUCUACACCCUGGACGGCUGGGUGUUCGGCUCGCUGCUCUGCAAGGUCGUGCACUUUCUUAUUUUCCUCACCAUGCACGCCAGCAGCUUCACGCUCGCCGCUGUCUCCCUGGACAGGUACCUGGCCAUCCGCUACCCGCUGCAUUCCCGUGAGCUGCGCACGCCUCGGAACGCGCUGGCGGCUAUUGGACUCAUCUGGGGGCUGUCCCUGCUCUUCUCCGGGCCCUACCUGAGUUACUACCGCCAGUCGCGGUUGGCCAACCUGACUGUGUGCCACCCGACGUGGACCGCGCCCCGCCGCCGCGCCAUGGACCUCUGCACGUUAGUUUUCAGCUACCUGCUGCCGUUGCUGGUGCUUGGCCUGACCUACGCGCGCACUCUACGCCACCUCUGGCGCGCCGUCGCCCCGGGCGCCGCCGGCUCCUGCGCCCGCCGAGCCAAGCGCAAGGUGACGCGCAUGAUCGUCAUCGUGGCCGCGCUCUUCUGCCUCUGUUGGUUGCCUCACCACGCGCUUAUCCUCUGCGUAUGGUUCGGCCGCUUCCCGCUUACGCGCGCCACUUACGCGCUGCGCAUCCUCUCGCACCUGGUCUCCUACGCCAACUCAUGCGUCAAUCCCAUAGUCUACGCGUUGGUCUCCAAGCACUUUCGCAAAGGCUUCCUUAAGAUCUGCGCCGGCCUGCUGCGCCGCGCCCCACGCAGAGUCUCGGGCCGCGUGUGCGUCGCGGCGCAGGGCACCCACGGCAGCAGCGCGCAGGAACGCGAGUCCUCCGACCUGACGCACGUGAGAGAGGCAGCAGGGCCGUCUGCCCCUGGGCCGGAGCCUCUCAGCGGCCCAGCCGCCAGCCUGGUCCCCAGCUUGUCCUGGGGAGACCAACGGCAUCCUGACAGUUAACGUGACCUGGGGACAUUUAGGGGAUACGCUUGGAUGUUAAAGCAUAGGAGGAAGAGGUUGGGAUCGUGGAGGGUGUUUCGUCUGUUAACAAAAAGGCGCUGUUCACACGCAGUGGCCGCUGUCUCUCCGCGUAUCUCAUGGUCAGGAGCUCCGCGGUAAGAAGCCUCUGGGACUUCUCAGGGUAGCAGCUCUGGAUGAAUGCGUAGGGCGCUUUGCUGAGCUACCAGGGAAAGAGGGUAGCUGAAUUAUGAACUGCACAGAAAUCCCUGACGCUGGGGAGCGCGGGACAACUGAAGGCUCCUUGCACGUGGCCAUACGGAAACUCCUGGUGUAUAUGAAUCCGCGAACCAGCAGCCACCAAUACAUGAGACAAACGCAGACAGUGUUUAAGCGCGCUGAACCGCAGUCAGUUGAUGACAGGCACAGACACUACGUGUAUUUCUCUAGCAGUGCUCACGCGCCAGCGUGUAGGGUGUUCUUGCCUGCUCCCAGGUUCCUGGGGUCCCUGGGGCUCCGCGGCCUUAGGGUUUCUUUCCCUCGCUGCAGUUGUUCAGGAUCAGGUCUCCAAGGGCUGUUUCUCUUCCAAGCCCGGAAGUAGCCCCCCACGCCCUCUAGCCCCGCUCCUGGUGGUUCCAAGGCACCCCUGGACAGGAGCAGCUUGAGAACCCCGUGGGGGAACAGGAAUGCCCCAAGGCUUUGCUUAUGAGCUGCUAACCUCUGUUCCUGUAGU